AGGGGUCUCCUCCGGCUCUUGAUGUGUUUCAGUGUGGACUCUCUCUCUCUCUCUCUCUCUCUCUCUCUCUCUCUCUCUCUGUCAGGCAUCACUCCACCUCCUCGUCUGACGAGGAAAAGCAUGAGAUUCCUUUCUCUCUGUCUGACUUUGCUCUAGAUCCUGAAGCCUCUCGGUUUCCUCUUCAUUCUCUCUCUGGUAAGAAACUCCAAGAGCAGAUAGAGCAAAAUGGAGGCCAUUAAGAAGAAGAUGCAGAUGCUGAAGCUGGAUAAGGAGGACGCCCUGGACCGAGCGGAGCAGGCCGAGUCUGAUAGGAAGGCAGCGGAAGACAAGUGCAAACAGCUGGAAGACGAGUUGCUUGCUCUGCAGAAGAAACUGAAAGGAACUGAAGAUGAACUGGACAGAUAUUCAGAAGCUCUUAAAGACGCUCAGGAGAAGCUGGAGCUGUCUGAGAAAAAGGCGACAGAUGCGGAAGGAGACGUGGCCGCUCUGAACCGCAGGAUCCAGCUGGUGGAGGAGGAACUGGACCAAGCUCAGGAGAGACUGGCCACGGCGCUCCAGAAACUAGAAGAGGCAGAGAAAGCGGCAGAUGAGAGCGAGAGAGGAAUAAAGGUGAUUGAGAAUCGUGCGAUAAAAGAUGAGGAGAAAAUGGAAAUUCAGGAAAUACAGCUCAAAGAAGCCCAACACAUCGCUGAGGAGGCUGACCGCAAAUAUGAAGAGGUCGCUCGGAAGCUGGUGAUUCUGGAGACUGAACUGGAAAGAGCAGAAGAGAGAGCAGGGAUUGCAGAACUUAAAGGAGGAGACCUGGAGGAAGAACUGAAAAACGUAACCAACAACCUCAAGUCUUUAGAAGCUCAAUCAGAUAAAUAUUCAGAGAAAGAGGAUAAGUAUGAAGAGGAGAUCAAAGUUCUCACUGAUCGACUGAAAGAGGCCGAGACUCGUGCUGAGUUUGCAGAAAGGAGUGUGAACAAGCUGGAAAAGACCAUCGAUGAACUCGAAGAGGAUGUGGCUGAGGCAAAACAGCAGAACCUGGAGAUGCAUCAAGUCCUGGAUCAAACGCUUCAGGAGCUCAAUAGCUUGUGAGCAAACAAGAAGAAAUCCAUGAAGAACAUGCCAGAAUUUCUCAUUCAUUCCAGCAGUGUUUUAUGUUUAGCUUUUCAUGUUUUGUAUGUUGUAAGUUAUGCUAUUUCCAUCCAUUAUAUUCUAUAUUUUGGUUUGCAAUUUUCUGAUUAUUUCCUAAUGCACCUAUUAGUUCAUUGUUGUUUCCAUUUGUCCCAUUUAAAUACAUCUUCGGACAACAUAUGUGGCAAAAAAAAAAAAAUGCCUUUAAUGAGUAUGUUUUUGGACUUAAAAAUAAUGACUCAUCACUGCAUGUAUUAAUGUUUCCCUUUUUCAUUUUUUUUUAUAUUUGUCUUGGUGCUUUUUUAUUUAUUUCUUUUGAAUGAACAUAAAGUGCCAUGAUUUUUUCAUAGUGAUUUUAGGGAGAUGUAUGCAAAUGUUUCAAAAAACAAAGUUGUAAAGGCGUUAUGUAUUGGAACACAGAUUUCUUGGACUAUAUUUGGUAUUAAGGAGUCUUUAUUAGUUUGUCAUUUAUGGGACCACUUUUCCCCUUGAUGCUGCAACGGCUAUUUUCACUGUGGUUUGAUGUUUUUUAUACCAGGAAAAGUAAGGAAUAAUUGUCUUAUUAAAGAUGAUGAAGCCUC